GGCCCCCAUGGGGUGAAUAAAUCAUGGCAAUCCCACGAUGCCCUUCUUUCUCAUGCCACCAGUGGGGUGAUCCCACAAUGCCUUGCUCACACCGGGGCGGGGGUGUUGAUCCCAUAAUCCCUUUGUCCCUCACCCCAAGGGGGGGUGAUCCCACAACUCCCCACUCCCUCACACCACCAGUGGAGUGAUCCCACAGUGCCCUGCUGCUCCCUCAUGCUAAGGGUUCCCAGUGACUUUGCACCCAAGGCAGAGGAGCUGCUAUUGCUGGUGAAACAACUGCAGGAUGCAGGGACCCUGGAGCCCCGAAUGGAUGACCUGGUAGGAAGGAUCAGCAGACUGCAGCGAGCUAAGCAGAAUCUGAGCCAGGAGCUGCAUGAUGGGCAGGUGCGCAGCGAGGAACUGCAAGCGGAGCUGGAGGAGCGCACCAAAGACCUUAUAAGAUUUGGGCCACGGCAUCUUCUGAGCUCUCUGGCAGCAGGCUCCUUUGCAGCGCGGGCUACUUCACUACCCAGGUGCAUGCUGGGGGGGGACCCACCCCCUAGUGCAGAGCUCCUGCGGACCCUGCAGCUCCGCUGCCAGGAGACAGAGGCCGAGGCCCAGCGGCAGCAGACGCUGUCCCAGGAGCGGAAGCAGAGCAUCGAGGAGCUGACGGCGAAGAUCCAGGAGGAGAAGCUGAAGCAGCGGAAACAGAGCCCCUCAGCCCCUGUUGUUUCCAGGCUGGAAUUUGAGCAGCAGCUGGACGAGCUGAUGGAGAAGCACAAGAGCCUCCAGGAGGGCCACAGCAUGGAGAAGCUGGCUGCCGAGAUCGGCAGCAUGGCCGAGAGCAAGGAACGUUUGCUGAGCGAAGACAAGCUGAUCCAAGACAACCUGGCCCAGGUCGAGAAGCAGCUGGGCUCCCUGCCCCAGGCAGAGGCAGCUCCCAGCCAGGAGAGGAUGUUCCUGAAGAGCCAGGAGGCCAGCACUGCCCUGCAGCUGUUCCAACAGGAAAACAAGAGAGCGACCGAGUAUCUGGAGGCAGCUUCGCGCCGCCACUCAGAACUGCAGCAGAAGUUCAAGAGGCUGAGGGCUGAGCUGGAAGCCCAGCAGGGCUCCAGGGGUGACUCGGCCAGCAUGGAAACAGAUGCCUAACACCCCCCCCCCCCCCAGCGAGAGCUCGAAUGGCGCCCCCCGAGGAUCAGCCUGGAGUUAAGUCACCUCUGGAUGUAUCGGGCUCCUUGUUAUGAAUAAAAACAU